AUGUAUACGCGUGAUAUUCAACCCAUUGAUCUCGACAAACGAGACGGCGCAAAGGACGUACUGUGCUUGGCUAUCAAAAGUCGGGACUGGGACAUUAAGGCUCAGCUGGAUGCCAUCGAAGCUGUUGUCGCAGUCGUCUAUCCUGGGUCUCUGUGGACAGCCAAACAAGUUGAGGAGCAAGGAAUGAACAAUAUUGUGUAUCUGGCCACACAGGUACAAGGUCAAAAGUCGCUCCCCCACAAGUUGGCCAGUCUGGACCGAGUGAUUGUACGGAUCGCACACAAGAGGAACCAUGAUACCCCCAAGGACUUUGAGGCGGAGAUUGCAGCGAUGCGCCACGUAUACUGUCACACACAAAUCCCUGUACCCAAGGUGUUGGCCUAUUCAAUUGAUGAUCACAUUUCAGUCAUGGAGUUCAUUUCUGAAGGAAUGCGCCUGAAUCGUGCAUGGCCAAAGCUCACCCCAAUGGCCAGAAAGCAAACUGUCCGUGACUAUGCCAGAAUUAUUUCCGAGCUGCACAAAGUGGACGGCUACAAAGGAAUCGGCUCACUGCAGAUUGAGAGCGGCUGCGGACUGACUCCCCUGAGGCCGCCGUCACUCCCCAACUCCGAUCCUAGCACAAAGCCGCUGGAAACGACGUUCAAGAAUGCAGAAACCCUCUUGAAGACGGUCUUGCAGACGCGAUCAGAUUAUCUUAAGCAGGCCGACCCGAAUGACAGAAAGGGCCUUCCUUAUUGGGCGGACUUGAAAGACGCCCAAGAAGUCUAUGAGGCGCUGCUUGAGCGACUUCCGCGAAUUUGCCGCCCUGUAGACGAUUGUCCCCGGAUGUGUUUACGUGCUUUGUGUCUGAGGGGAAUUUCUAGGAAUAUUAUCGUCAGGCCCUCUGACGGUACCAUUGUGGCCGUGAUCGACUGGGAAAAGGUCAACAUACUUCCCGCCGCUCUUCUUUCGUGGCUACCACUUUUCUUGACCGAGGGACUCUCAAAAACAGAGUCUGUAGCUGCCGUUCAGGCGUACCGCCAAAUUAUCAAGGAAACUGAUCCGGAUCUCCUCGUCUAUUUCGAUCCCAGCUACGACGAUUUCCGGGAGGUCGCGUGGGUGGCGGCGAUGGAUGUGUGGUACAACAUGGAGACCAGGGAGAUCAUGAGUAUAGUUCAAAGGACCCCCUAG